UGUUGUCCCGUGUCCCAUUUAUUUUUGCUGUAGCAGUUUUUCUCAAUAAUAAUAAUAAUAUUUUCCAUUAAAUGCAUAGUAUGCUGUUUAUUUUUGUUACUUGUAGUAUCCCCCGUUGUGCUUUCACUUGGAAUGUUCCGCAAAUCAACCCCGGUCCUUUGUUGCAGUGUAAUAAGGUGUAUGAAGUAUUAAUCAUCGGUAGAGCCCGCGGCCCCCCAAAAUAUUUGGAGUCCGGUUUCCGUCGUCUCGUAGUUGGUUUGUCUGAGUAGCUUUGCCGUACUGCUUUCGCUGUCCGUUGACUUCCGUGUACGUUUUGGCCCGUCAGACGCGCGUCACGCAAUCGAUCUUUCCGAACGUCCUGAAUUCAGCCUCGACACACUACGCCCCAUCUCCGCUUUGCUUGACCGGAGCUGAACACCGUUCGUGAAAUCGUUUUGUGUCCGGAUAAACUCGCCUCGCGUUCUCCAGCUUUGUCAGCUCGCUAGCCACGAAGCGGCGCGUUUGUUAGCAUCGCGGCGAUCAAGUGUGAGCGGCAAGUGCGGUGCUUAUCGUGUGCAAAUGUGCGCACAAAUUGUGAAAGACGAGUACGAGGCGGACGAGCGACGACGACGACGGCGACGGCGACGACCGGACGAUGUUUUCAACGAGCCUCAGGAUGACUCAAACACAGCAGCCAUCAAUAAAGCUUUCCACCUUGAGCAGCUUGAACCAGAGCCUCCUCACAGUAAGGAGGAAGAGGAGCCAGGGUCCCCUUACAUUAAAGAGGAAGAGGAGGAGACUGAUAUCACCAAGUCGCCGUUCACUUGUGUCAUCGUGAAGAUUGAAGGUGAUGACGAAGAAGAAGGUGAUGGAGACCAAGGUGAAGGAUCACAGGCAGACAGCCUUUUAGCUCCAGUAUCAGAUAGUGACAACAAAAUGUCAGACUCUGAUGAUGAUGACGACGAUGAGGAUGAUGAACACUCUAAAGGUGAUAUGCUGUGUCAAACUGAGGACAAACCCUGGGAAUGUUCCCUGUGUGGCAAAUCUUUCUCUGCCAAAAAAAAUCUGAGAAGACACCUGAUGCUCCAUACAGGCGAAAAACCUUUCAGCUGCUCAGAUUGCGGUAAAAGAUUCGCUAGUAAGGCACAUUUGCACAGACAUGCAAGAACGCACACUGGAGAGAAACCUUUUUCCUGCUCAGUCUGUGGUCUUCGAGUAACUCAAAAGAUUAAUUUAUUAAACCACAUGAAAACACACACCGAGGAGAAACCUUUUGCGUGCCCGUUUUGCACGAAAGGCUUCGCUCGUAAGGCACAUUUGAACAGACACACACAAAUACACACUGGAGGCAAGGCCUUUGUCUGCUCAGUCUGCACCUUAACUUUCAGUGAACGUUCAAAUUUGGCGAAGCACAUGAGAGAACACACUGGGGGGAAACCUUUUUCCUGCUCAGUUUGUGGUAAAAGCUUCUCUCAGAGACGCGCUUUGACAAGACACACUAGAAUGCACACAGGUGAGAAACCUUUCAAUUGCAGUGUGUGUGAUAAAAGAUUCCCUCAAAAGUAUCAGGUUAAGAAACACAAGUGUGUUGUUGACAAAUGCAGCAUUAAAUGAAGCUUCACAACUUUAGGUCAAAUGUUUUAAUGGGAGUGGUAUGGUGGCUAUGUGAUCCUGAAUAAAAUCCAAUGGUCCUUCUCCGCUGGCUUAAACAUUUUCAGAAGCACUGACCUAAUUUGCAUAAAGUUCCAUGAUAGUCAUUUAUUUUCAAGUCUAUUAUUUUCAUUUCAUAGUGUGUGUCUUGGCUGGCCUGCUUCCAGUAGUGUGGAUGUUGGAAUUUUUUUUUGUCCAAUCCGAUUUCAGCAUCUAUGUGUUGACAUGUCAGAAGUAAUCUGCCCAGGGCCUUCAGAAUCAGGUGUGAGUUGUGGCCUAAUGCAGCUGUUUGCCAGUGUUCUCAUUUCAUAUUUGUGUUUAUUUGUCGUGUUUGAUACAAAUCUUAAUGGGCAUCGGCGACUUGAGCUCUGCUUUUCGUCUUCUUUGACUUCACUCGAGCAGAAGACUACUCGAAGCCUGCUUGUAGCUAAACCUUUGUCGUAUAAUAAAGCAAGAAAUCCAGUGACUGCUCGUAACUUGAACAAUUCGUAAAUGUUUGGGUAAUCGAAUCAAGGUACCGUUGUAAUUGAGUUAGGUCACGGUAUCUCUGUACUUGAGUUAUUACAGAUGUGGUCAGAAGUUUACAUACAUUCAUCAUGGGGAUGAAUGACAUAUUGAAGUCGGUUGAGUGUGGACCAGAUCUUGGUCUGUAGGCUGUGGCUACCAUGGGAAUAUGGGGAGAAAAACAUCCCCUGACCUCAACCAAUGGGCGGCGUGUAGUACCCAAAGGAAAACCAAUCCGAGGACAAGCAGCUUUUUAUUCAAAGCGAUAACAGAGUCAAAGUAACUCCCGAGUGGAUUCCAAACGUGCCAGCUGGGUUCUUGGAGUGAAUUGUGGGACGAUUUGUAAGUAGAAGUGGACUGUAUGUAAUUACACAGUACAGUGCCCUGUACUGUAGUUUUACUUGUCAUUUCUGGUAUGCGUAUGAGGGUGUAAAUCAUUGUAAACAUUG